UUCUGUGCAAGUUAGGUUUCUGUGGUGAGACACCAAAUGUAUUCAACUUCCUCUUUCAACAACAAGUUUGUUAGUUAUCGGCAGGAUCCUUGCCCCUCAGAGUUAGGCGUUUUUACUCCUACCUCCCUGCAAAAAGAACAAGAGUCUAAUCCCGGCUGAACUCCAAGGUAUCAUAACACCGUGGUUUACCUUGAUGAAUAUACUGAAAUAUUAAAGAUGAAUAGCAACAGCACCAGCAAUGCUGAAAAUGGCUGCAUUUCCCUUAAUGUGACAUUUCAGUACUCGCUCUAUGCAACCACCUAUAUCCUCCUAUUCAUCCCCGGUCUUCUGGCCAACAGUGUGGCCUUGUGGGUUCUGUGCCGCUUCAUCAGCAAGAAAAAUAAAGCCAUCAUUUUCAUGAUCAAUCUCUCUGUGGCUGACCUUGCUCAUGUGCUGUCCUUACCCCUCCGGAUUUACUAUUACAUCAACCAUCACUGGCCUUUCCAGAGAGCCCUUUGCCUGCUGUGCUUCUACCUGAAGUAUCUCAACAUGUAUGCCAGCAUUUGCUUCCUGACCUGCAUCAGUCUUCAGAGGUGCUUCUUUCUCCUCAAGCCAUUCAAGGCCAGAAACUGGAAGCGUAGGUACGACGUGGGCAUCAGUACUGCUAUAUGGGUCGUUGUGGGGACUGCUUGUUUGCCAUUUCCUAUCCUGAGAAAUGCAGGCUUAGCCAACAACAACGAGUCUUGCUUUGCUGAUCUUGGUUACAAGCAAAUGAAUGCAGUGGCUUUGGUUGGGAUGAUUACAGUUGCUGAACUGUCAGGAUUUGUGAUCCCAGUUGUCAUCAUCGCAUGGUGUACCUGGAAAACAACUAUAUCCCUGAGACAGCCACCAGAAGCUUUUCAAGGGAUCAGUGAGAGACAGAAAGCACUGCGGAUGGUUUUCAUGUGUGCUGCAGUCUUCUUCAUCUGCUUCACUCCAUAUCAUAUUAACUUUAUUUUUUACACCCUAGUAAAGGAAAGCAUCAUUAGCAGUUGUCUCGUUGUCCGAAGCACACUGUAUUUCCAUCCUUUUUGUCUGUGUCUUGCAAGUCUCUGCUGCCUUUUGGAUCCUAUUCUCUAUUACUUUAUGGCCUCAGAGUUUCGUGACCAACUAUCCCGCCAUGGCAACUCUGUGACCCGUUCCCGCCUCAUGAGCAGGGAGAGUGGUUCAUCAAUGAUUAGUUAAAAAUAAAAUAAUUCCUCAAUUAUGAAUUUGUUUACCCACAUUCCUUGACUUGUUCCAAAGGUCAGAAUGAAUAGGCAGACAAUAUCUUUAGUUGAACCUUGGGGAAUAACCAAAAUAGGUGUUUUCUUGUGUGAUAGUCGUGGUCACAAGGGUGUGAUCGUGAAUGCAGAGUGUGGAAAAUAUGAGACAGGAAAGGAAGAUGGGAUUUGCUUUUUUCUUCUUUUGAAAUUCAAGGCAUUUUCUUAUUUAAGAAACCAAGAUCAAAAUUUUACUAAUGUUUCUAAUCAAAUAGAAAUGGGAUAUUUUAUUUUAAGCAUUUUUCAGUAAAUAUGUUGUUGUUAAUAAGAUACAAUAAAUACACGAAUCUUUUCCAGCUUGUAAAAGUAAGUAAAUCUUCAUUUCAUAUGAAGACAUUUCUGAAUGAGGGUAAAAAUCUAUAGUAUUUCUAAGGGAUAAAUGCACAGGCAGGAGGACUAAAGAGUUGAAGCAAAUGUGUGCGUGAAGUUCAAGACCUCAAAUCUGUUACUGAAGAAAGGGUAUGGGAAUUCAGUCAUUUAAAAUGUAUUGGAUGUCUAUUGUGUUCUGAGUUGCCACUGUUUUAGGUAAUUUCACAUAUAGCAUCUCAUCUGCUCCCCCCCCCCCAAUAAACUUGUGGAAGUUUCCAUUAUAAACGAAUAGAUGGAAUUUCAGAAAGUUUAAGCAACUUGCCUUGGAAUAAACAGUGGUGAGCCAAAAUUUGUCCAGUAUACACCGAAUCUGCUUAAAUUUAUUUCCUCUUUUUGCAUUGUUACAUUUACUAGGUCAAUACUAAACUUUAUUUGAAUGGUGAAGACAUAUACUAAAGCUAGGUCACGUAAGACCAAGACCAUUUCAGCACAACUUGCCUGGGAUUAUCUGAAAAGGCUGUGGGUUAUGUCAUGUCAGGCUCCAGUUUUCAAGGUAUUAAAUUAUAAAUAGUUGAGCUAUACUAGUACUUUCUCAGUCUAUACAAUCCUGAUGAUAUGGGUUAUAACAGCCUGAAAUAGUUUAUUAUUUCUCACAAAGUGUAAUUUAAGGCUUAACGCAUGAUAUACAAACCCUAUAAAAAAAUUUUUUUUUUUAUAGGCCUAUAAGUGGGUCAAAAAAGGAAAGUUGGAAAGCUGACAGAUGAACAUUUUGUAAAAUUUGUAUUUUUUGGGGGGGGAGAGCUAGCCAUAUUCUUUUUAAAAUUUACUAUAUCUGCGCUUAUUAAAAAAUCCUUCUGGCAAUUUUAUUAUCUUCAUUUUUUACAAAGGUUAUUGCCAUUGUUUCAGAACCAUAAGAAAAAUUUGAACAUAAGUCGUCCUCAACUUCUGAGGUGGGCAUUUAUAUUUAUGAAGCUCAAUCUGUCACGCUCAUCUUUUAUGCCUGCAAUUUAAAGAACAUAGAUAUUGGUGUUCAGUAAGGAGAAGGGAAGUAGUGGUCCUCAGAACAUCCAUUUGAAUACACUGGCUAUGGACUAGGAAGAGAGACAAACAAAAAAAGGAAGAAAAAAAAAGAACAAGAGUUCUCGUAAGGGAAAGAGUUCUGUAAUUAUAAAACAGUAAAACUGGUUUUCUUGUGCUUUCUUUAUUAACCUGGAUCUGAAGGAAAUGUCAAAAAACGGUUUCCAGAUGUGCUUGGAGUUAAUGGCAGCACUAACAGAAUGACUGGGUAGACAACCCCAUCCUAAGGAGAUGACUUUGAAAGAGAUCCAUUUGGAACUAUGCAUCCUGUUAUGCUUGUGGAGGAAAGGAGCCUCAGUUCUUGAAAGUCGAACCCAUAUGCCCUUUUUUCAAGUGGUUAGCAAGACAUGAUUUGUGGAUUAAUGGGCAAAUUAAAUUAUAGCCUUUUACUUUGAAAGAGCCCUGGUGGUGCAGGGUUUAAAGCACUCGUCUGCUAACCAAAAGGUCAGCAGUUGGAACCCACCAGACGCUCUGUGGAAGAAAGAUGUGGCAGUCUGCUUCCAUAAAUAUUUACAGCCUUGGAAGCCCUGUGGGGCAGUUCUACUCUGUCCUAUAGGGUUGCUAUGAGUCAGAAUUUACUCAACAGCCGUGGUGCUUGGCUUUGGAUUUUCACUUUGGCCAUCAAAAAACCAGAAUCUCUGGGCUUUUUUCUUACCUCCUUUACAAGUAAAAUUUCUACAAGAUUAAAUUUGUGUACAAACUCAUAAAUUUUAUUUGCAAUUCAUGAAUGUGGGGGGCAUCAGCUUUGGAUGUCAGAUCAGAUUUUUGAAGAGCGGUACAAAGUGAAAGGGUUUUGUAGGCACAGACAGAACAGGAAGCUAUACUGGGCAAAUUUCAGAUUGGCUAGUGGGCAUUUUCUUUAUUUGGGAUUAAGGGGAAAUUUUGAACUAGGUUAAAAUGAGCAGACAAGUCCUGAUUAAUUAGCUUAUAUUUCCACUUCUGGGAGAGUCAACUGACUUGGAUCUUGGCUUUUAGGAAGAUUAGGCAUUUACAGGAAAUACAAACAAAGUUUUGAUUUGCUGAUGUGACUUCAUCUCGGGCGGGCCUUUUGGGGGCCUAGUAUAGUCAGGUUAACAACUGUAAAUCCCUAUGUGGAUCCACAAUCAACAACCAUGGAAGCAGAAGUCAAGAAAUCAAAAGACUCAUUGCAUUGGGCAAAUUGGCUGCAAAAGAUCUCUUUAAAGUGUUGAAAAGCAAGGAUGUCACCUUGAGGACUAAGGUGUGCCUGACCCAAGCCAUGAUAUUUUUAAUCACCUCAUAUGCAUGAGGAAGCUGGACAACGAAUAAGGAAGACCGAAGAAGAAUUGACGCCUUUGAAUUGUGGUGUUGGCGAAGAAUAUUGAGCAUACCAUGGGCUGUCAAAAGAACGAACACAUCUGUCUUAGAAGAAGUACAACCAGAAUGCUCCUUAGAAGCAAGGAUGAUAAGACUGCGUCUUACAUACUUUGGACAUGUUGUCAGGAGGGAUCAGUCCCUGGAGAAGGACAUCAUGCUUGGCAGAGUACAGAGUCAGUGGAAAAGAGGAAGACCCUCAACAAGGUGGAUUGACACAGUGGCUGCAACAAUGAGCUCAAGCAUAACAACGAUCGUAAGGAUGGCUCAGGACCAGGCAGUGUUUCGUUCUGUUGUGCAUAGGGUCUCUAUGAGUCAGAACUGACUCGAUGGCACCUAGCAACAACAAUGAUAACAAUGUGGUGAUAUGGAAACCCUGGUGGCAUAGUAGUUAAGAGUUUGGCUGCUAACCAAAAGGUCAGCAGUUCGAAUCCACCAGGUACUCCUUGGAAACCUUGUGGGGCAGUUCUACUCUGUCCUCUAGGGUCACUAUGAGUUGGAAUUGACUGGACACCAAUUUUUUUUUAAUGUGGUGAGAAAGAAAAGGAUAAAAACAUUCAAGCAAGAAAUGGUUGGUUCUUGAAUUUGAAGGCUGGGAUACCUUACAUAAUGCCAUGGGGGAAAUGAUAAUGCUUGGAGUGAUGAGAUUGCAGCUCAAGAAAUCCAUGAGACUGCUUUAAAGUAUGACAAUGACCAAAAAUUUGAACAGUUAUCCCUGUGCUUACUACAGGAACAUAAUGUGAUACAAAGUGGACAGCGAACCAUAAAUUCUUGAAUGAAUUUUUCAAAAAUUGCUAAAAAGCCCCAAGUUGCCCCCCAAUCUAUGUAAGACACCUGUCAAAAUCCACCUAGAAACCUUUCAGAAUCCCACAGCCCUGAUGAAAGACGUUUUCACCUUCUGAUGGUUUUGGUAAAAAUAGGAAGGAAUUUUGAGGCAUAUAAUAACUUUAUACAAUAAUUUUUAUAACAAAGGCAGUUUCUGUGUGAUGGAUAUUCUGCUUACCUUUAAAAAGCUUUAUAUGCUAACACAGAAUAUAGGUAUAAAAAAUUGAUUAAAGAGAUUAUUCUUAUGAAGCAGUGGUCAUUUCUAUAAAAAUAUUGAGCAUCAGACUCGUUUAAAAAUGUAACCCUUUGUUAUGAAAUUUUUUCUAUGAGAAAAUCAGCAUCUCCUGUUAAAAUUUAAGAACCCCCAGAAGCCCAGACGACACUCCAAGACUUCUGGGUGUCUUAUCAUUAACUAUAUCUCUGCAAACCAACCUCAUUAAUCCCUCAAGAAUGUCCCUUCUUGUUUCCCCAAGGACCUUGCUCACUUUGAAGUAAUAGAUAGUAGAUGUUUAACCUAAACGUUUCUUUUUUCUAAGACCUGUAUCUCUAGAAUUUUGUGUAUUCCACGUGAUUUGUUCUUCUACAUUACUGUAUAACCGUCAAAGAACCAACGGUACGUUCUUUCAUUUAUCACAAGACUGUAAAAUGCAUAUAAACAAAAAACUACUUUGCAAUAGUCACACUUUCUCUAAAACUGACUGCCACUUUGAAAAUGUCUCUCUCAUUCUUAAUAAAUCGUUGCUGUCUUUAA